GAGGGAGUCUGGGAAUUCAAUGGCGGUGGCAACGCGAUUGGCACUGUAGACCUGCCGCAUCAAAGCUAGGUUAUGGCGUUUAUCUGUUGCUAUUACGACCUCCUUCCCGAUCGGCCACGCUCAGGCGGCCAGCCACACACACUACACGCGAGCUAUGCUUUGCGUGCUUUCACCUUGAAUUUGAAUACCCUAUAAACCUGCGCUCCCCGGCCUCCUUCCCUUCGUUGUCGCUCCCCACCGUACCACCCCACCUCAUCAAGUCUACACAGUAGCACGACCAUCAUCAUGCCUGGUGAAGACACAGUACUUGCCGUCGGCUUGGACCCGGCUCUGAUCGAUGGUUCAGGUGACCCACAUCACAAGAACCCGGCCCUUCACAGAGAUGAGCCGCCGCCAUUCCUGUUCUCUGAGGGCAAGGCUACUCUCCAGGCGAGCUACCUCAGCGACAACGAUGGCCUCCCUACCGAGGAGGAACUCGAAACGCUUGACCGUAUCGGCGCUCCGAUCCCAUGGAAGAUCUACACCAUCGCCUUUGUCGAACUUGUGGAGCGCAUGUCCUACUAUGGAUGUGUUCAAGUUUACUCCAACUUCAUUGCGAAGCCUAGGCUGACCCCUACCGGUAUGGCUUUGAACCCUCAUGACGAGAAGGCUCAGCCUGGUGCCCUCGGACUCGGCAAGCAGGUUGCGUUCUCCCUGACCACCUUCAACGCUUUCUGGGUCUAUCUCUGCCCGCUUUUCGGAGCGUGGGUUGCCGACACCUACCUUGGUCGCUACAAGACGAUCCUCUACUCGGUCAUGGUCGCUCAAAUCGGUCACAUCAUCCUCAUCGUCUCUGCUCUUCCUGCCGUCCUGGACAACAAGCAAGGCUCGCUGGCAUGUUUCAUUGUCGGUCUGCUUGUCAUGGGUCUCGGAACUGGUACCUUCAAGCCUAAUAUCUCGCCUUUGAUUGUUGAGCAGCUUGAUACCGAUAAACUUGAGGUUGUGGAGAAGAAUGGCAAGCGCGUCAUCAUCGACCCUUCCAUCACCAUUACCCGUGUCUACAACUACUUCUACCUGUUUAUCAACAUCGGUGCCUUGGCUGGUCAGAUCGGCAUGGUCUACGCUGAACGCUACGUCGGCUUCUGGCUGUCCUUCACGAUUCCCACCGUUUUCUUCCUCCUCGCCCUUCCCGUCCUGAUUGUCUGCAAGAAGCACUACAUCCUGCGACCCCCGGGUGGCAGCGUUAUGGGACCUGCUUUCAAGCUUUUCGCGAAGGCUCUCGGCACCAGGAACCUGAAGAACUGGAACGACGGCAAGAUGUGGGAGUCGAUCAGGCCUUCUGCUCUCGGCGACAACAAGCCCUCCUGGUACACCUUCGACGACGCCUGGGUCGAUGAAGUAGCUCGUGGUUUCCGCGCCUGCGGUGUGUUCUUCUGGGUCCCCAUUUUCUGGCUCGCUUACCGCCAGAUGGACUCCAACCUGACCCAGAUGUGCGGAAGCAUGGCUCUUCACGGUGUUCCCAACGAUCUUCUGGCCAACCUUGACCCCAUCGCUAUCAUCAUCCUCGUUCCCAUUCUGGAUACUUUUGUGUACCCCUUCCUUCGUGCGAGGGGUAUCAGGUUCACUCCCCUGAAGAAGAUCUGCGCUGGUUUCAUCGUCGCCUCGUUCUCCAUGGUCUGGGCCUCUGUCCUCCAAUACUACGUCUACAAGACCUCUGGAUACUACGACGACCCCACCAACGAAGACUACAGCUCCCCCAUCAACGUCUGGGCUGUUACCGGUGUUUACAUUCUGAUCGCCAUGUCUGAGAUUUUCGCCUCAGUCACAACCCUCGAGUACGCCUUCACCAAGGCGCCCAAGAACAUGAGAUCACUGGUCAUGGCUGUUCAGCUUUCCACCACCUCCAUCUCCGCCGCUCUUGCCCAGGCUUUCACUCCUCUGACAGUCGACCCUCUCGUCGUCUGGAACUACGGCGGCGUUGCCAUCAUCUCGUUCGUUACUGGUAUCCUCUUCUGGUUCUCUUACCGUUCCAUGGACAAGGAGGAGGACCAGCUCAACCUGCUGCCUACCGGUCACCUUGGCAACGCCAACCAGGCCGCCGAUGUCGAGAGGCGCAUCAGUGUCACUGGCGCUACCGAGAACGAGAAGAGGCCUGCGAAUCUAUAAACGCGCUCAACCUUGACAAGACUCUACUUGUUGUCGCUGAGAUAGCGUAGUACCUUCGUGGAACUUCUGCCGUGCUUGAUCGCUCGCUGCAUCUACGACUUUAUGCCGUGCACUCUACCCGAGUAGCCACGAUAUGUAAUGCCAUAGCAAACUUAAUACCCAAUUCUGACCAAGAGUCAAUAUCUACAA